AUGAGCCUUCAAGAACUCGUUACUUCUCUUGCUCAAAGCCAAAGUCAAUUUCAACAAGAGACUAAGAACACCUUCUCCAACAUUCAAGCACAAAUUGGAGACUUGUCCACCGCUCUCAACAAGAUGGAACAAAGGGGCAAACUUCCAUCUCAAACCGAGAAGAACCCCAAUGUGAGUGCAAUAACUUUGAGAAGUGGCAAAACACUUGGAGAAAGCAACCUUAAAAGAGUUUCAAGAGAAGAAGAAGAUGACGUUAAUGUUGUUGAGCCUCCGAAGGUUGAAGCUACUCCAAAGGAACCGGUUGUGCCAAACGUUGAUCAACUUGACUCUUCCAACAAACCCAUCAAACCAUUGGUCAUACCACCACCCUUCCCUUCCCGGUUAGCCUUUUCCAAGAAGACAGAGGAAGAAAAUGAAUUAUUUGAAACUUUUCACAAGGUCCAAAUUAACAUUCCACUAUUGAAUGCUAUUAAGCAAAUUCCAAGUUAUGCAAAAUUUCUCAAGGAUUUAUGCACCAAGAAGAGAAAACUCAAGGCAAAUGAAAAGAUUCAAGUCAAUGCAAAUGUGUCUGCGGUUAUCCAAAAGAAGUUACCUCCCAAAUGCAAGGACCCGAGAAUAUUUUCUAUCCCUUGUACCAUUGGUGAUUUGCAUGUCGAAAGUGCCAUGUUAGAUCUUGGAGCCUCGAUCAAUGUGAUGCCACAUUUGUUUUUUCAAUCUCUCAAUGUUGGACCUUUGGAAGAAACCAGAGUAAUCAUUCAAUUAACACACAAGUCAAGUGUGUCUCCAAGAGGAGUCUUGGAGGAUGUGUUAGUACAAGUUAAUCAACUUGUUUUUUUCUGCGGAUUUUUAUGUCAUUGA